CUCUCAUAAAGCUAAUUGGUGUAUAUAGAGAAUUUAUAUACAUAAAUAAUAUUUUUAAUUGGAAAAAAUGGGUGAAGAUGUAUUGCCAUUGUUGUUAAUGGUGGUAGUUCAAUUAGGUUAUGCAGGCACAGCUAUUAUAUCAAAGCUUGUAAUGGAUGAAGGCAUGGAUCCUUAUGUUCACUUAUCCUAUAGACAAAUUUUGGCCACCAUUUCUAUUGCACCUUUUGCUUACUUUUUUGAAAGGGAAACAAGGCCUAAGUUGACACCAUUUACACUUUUCCUAAUUUUCUUAUGUUCUGUUUUGGGGGUAACAGCAAUGCAAAUGACUUGUAUUAUAGGAUUAAAAAAUUCAACAGCAACUAUUACAACAGCUAUGGCUAAUUUAAUUCCAGCAAAUACAUUUCUUCUUGCCCUCAUUUGCAGGCUUGAAAAACUAGGACUAAAAACUAAAGCAGGACAAGCCAAAAUGAUCGGGACAAUAAUGUGCAUUGGUGGAGCUAUGUUGUUAUCAUUAUAUCAUGGAAAAGUUGUGAUUGGAAAAUUGGGAAUUCAUUGGAAAUAUUCACAACAUAAUAAUACAAGCAAAAAUAAUAGUCAUGGCAACUUCUUCAAUGGACCUUUUCUAGUCAUAAUUAGCACUAUGGUUUAUUCUUUAUGGUUAAUCAUACAACCAAGUGUUAAUAAGAGGUAUGCAGCUCCAUAUACUAGCACAACAUUGAUGUUCUUCAUGGCAAGCUUGGAGUGUGCAAUUGUUGCAAUUUGUGUUAAUCAUGAUGACAAAACUGCAUGGUCUUUGAACCCCAUCAGAGCUAUUUCUGUUCUUUACAAUGGAAUUGUGAGCUCAGCACUAGCAUUAUAUUUGGCUACAUGGUGCAUCAAAAGAAAAGGACCUUUAUAUGUCUCAAUGUUCCUUCCGUUGCAAUUAAUAUUUUCUGCCUUUCUCAGUUGGACAUUGCUUGGUGAAAAAUUAUACAUUGGAACAGUUAUGGGUUCGAUUGUGACCGUUAUCGGCCUCUAUAGUUUUUUAUGGGGGAAGAAAAAAGAUAUGAACGAUAUCACAGUGCAAGUUAAGGAGGAAGUAUCGAAGGAGAAGAAACGGUUGACUAAUUUUGACUCGGAAUUGCAAUUAUCAAAAAAUUCAGAUGUAUAUUCAAAUUCGAGAUAA